AUGCUUUACCUUAUUGGCCUUGGUCUCUCUGACGAGACAGAUAUUACUGUAAAAGGACUCGCAGCUGUCAAGAAGUGCGCUAGAGUUUAUCUUGAGGCCUACACCAGUAUUUUGCUGGUGGACAAAUCAGUUCUUGAAAGUUACUAUGGACGAGAAGUGAUUAUUGCGGACAGAGAUAUGGUGGAGAGUGCCAGUGACGAUAUCUUGGAAGAUGCUCAGAAUGUGGAUGUUGCAUUUUUGGUUGUGGGAGAUCCUUUUGGAGCUACAACCCACACCGAUCUCGUCCUCCGUGCCCGUUCUCUAAAUAUUUCAAUCUCCACUAUCCCUAAUGCCUCCAUCAUGUCUGCCAUUGGUGCUACUGGUCUCCAGCUUUACAAUUUUGGACAAACGGUCUCUAUGGUCUUCUUCACCGAGAACUGGAAGCCUGCCUCAUUCUAUGAUCGUAUUGGAGAGAACAGGAAUAUCGGUUUACACACACUGGUUUUAUUAGAUAUCAAGGUCAAAGAGCAAACCAUGGAAAAUAUGGCUAGAGGAAGAAAGAUAUAUGAGCCCCCGAGAUAUAUGACGGUUGGUCAGUGUGCGGCACAGAUGUUGGAGAUUGAAGAGAUCAAGACUGAGAACGGAGUGGGUGGUGUCUACAAUGAAGAGAGUCUUUGCGUGGGUGCUGCGCGAGUGGGUUGUAAAGAUGAGAAAUUUGUGAGUGGGACAUUGAAACAAUUGUGUGAUGCGGAUGAACAAUUGGGAGGACCAUUACACAGUUUGGUCUUACUCGGAAGGAGGACACAUGAGCUGGAGCAUGAUUAUGUGAGGGAGUUCGCCGUGGACAAGGGAGUCUGGGAUACCAUUUGGAAGAGGGAUUACGAAGGAAAGGUGUAA